ACAUUUUGCAGUUGACAAAAUGGCGCUCCAAAUGGGUUUAUUCAAAAAACUGGAGAUUAUCAAAGAAAAGGUUAAAUGUGUCGAUUUCCACACAUCAGAACCAUGGAUACUCUCUGGACUGUACAGCGGAAGCUGUACGAUACACAAUAUCAAAAAGCAGACGCUGGUAAAACGCAUCGAUAUCUGUGACAGUCCAAUUCGUUGCUGUAAAUUCAUCGCACGCAAACAAUGGCUUAUAGCGGCGGGAGAUGAAAUGUGCAUUUUUGUAUACAACUACAACUCGUUAGAACGAGUGGCUGCCGUGGAAGGACACACGGAUUUCAUAAGAUACAUGGAUGUUCACCCUACGCUUCCAUAUGUUAUCAGCUGCUCAGAUGAUAUGACAAUAUCGUUAUGGGAUGUAGAGCAUAACUGGGAGCGCAUAUGCGUCUUCGAGGGGCAUCAACACUACGUAAUGAUGGGUAAAUGGAGCCCCAAAGAUAUAUAUACAUUUGCAUCGUGCUCCCUGGACCAUACAAUCAAGUUUUGGGGUGUUUCUACAGACUUGCUAGACAGGCGCCACUCGGCCCAAGCUUCCCCGAAACCAUUCUUUACCCUGAAGGGACAUACGAGUGGUGUAAAAACCAUAGACUUCUCAACUGUGAUGUCUAACCCGUACAUCAUAUCUGGUAGCGAGGACACCACUAUACGCGUAUGGGAUUACCAAACUAAGCUAUGUCUCCAGGUGCUCCGACAGCACACGCAGCCAGUGACAUGCGUGCUCCACCACCCCCGGCUGCCCUUAAUCAUAACAGCGGGUGAAGACGGGAAUGUAAACACGUGGCACAGCACAUUGUACAAGCUGAAGUCCAGUGUCAACUACUCAGUCGGUAGUAUAUGGAGCAUUGCCUGCGAUUCAACGCAUAUGGCCCUAGGAACGGACGAUGUGGCAAUGGUGUUGCACUUCGGCAGGGACAAACCCUUGGUUUCAAUGCAUGGCAACAAACUUAUCAUGGUAAACAUGUUCGACAUUAUGAGCUGCAAUCUAGGAUCGGCGCCUAUACCCGACGAUGAUAGUAUUGGCAAGCCGUUAUCCCUGGACUUCCGCAACAUUGGCCAUUGCGAAUUCUACCCGCAAUCAAUAUCGCAUCAUCCUAACGGUCGUUUCAUCUGUCUGUGCGGCGAGUCUGAAUAUGUUAUAUACACGGCACAGGGAAUGCGCUCAAAGACAUUUGGCAAGGCCAUGCAGCUAGUGUGGUCAUUCGAUGGAGAUUAUGCCACCUGGGACGGUCAUGAAAUCACUAUACACCAGGACUUCAACCCAGUGACUACUAUCAGGCCUGAUGUCCCCGUAACAAGUAUCCACGGCGGCCACCUAUUGGGUGUGACGUCUAAUAACAGUGUUAUGUUCUACGACUGGAAGACUUGGUACCUGGUUCGUACCAUUGAGGCCGGUGUGUUCGAUAUCUGGUGGAACGCCAGCGGUACCAAGGUGGCCUUGGGUUGCACUGGCAACUGCUACAUCCUCAAGUACAACAGCGACGAACUGUCAGCUGCAAUAGAUAAUCAGGAAUACGAUGCAUCCAACGGGGUAGCCUCAGCUUUCGAGCUAGACGGCGAAAUCAUGGAACGGGUUAACAGCGCUACCUGGGCAUUAGACACGUUUAUAUACACAACAGCAGGCCUUCACCUGAAUUUCUGGACUGCUGGUACAAGUGAAAUAUUCCACUACCUGGAUCGACCACUGCACAUGAUAGGCCACUCGGCCCAAAGCGGUAUGCUGUACCUAUGCCAGGACGAUGUGGUUGCAUACCCCCUGCCUAUCGACUAUCUGCGAUUCCACUCAUUCGUUAGUUUCAAGAUAGAGGCCGCGGAGCAGGGAGUUGAAUACGAAGAUGACCAGGAGCUGGAUGAUAUCAUAUCAAGCUUCGAACCGGCCAUGAGGGAACGUGCUAGUGAAUUCCUGGAAUCCGUAGGUGAAUACAAAUUAGCACUGCGGUCGUCAGUUGAACCGGAACGCCACUUCGAGCUGCACCUAAAGCUGGGUAACGUCAAGGACUGCCUUAGGAUACUACAUGAAUUGCAGGCGCAGCAAUCUGAUAGGUCACGUGACGAUGUGCUGCGCUCGAAAUGGAAGCGCCUUGGCACACACUGCCUGGAUACCAACGACUACGAUACCGCAGUGGAGUGCCUAAUGAACUGCGGAGACUACUCGUCCUGUAUGCUGAUUUACAUCACCUCAGGAAACCGUGAUGGUAUUGCAAAAAUAGCAGAAAUCGCAACCAAAGAGGGAGUGGCCAACAUUGCAUUCACGUGCCACUAUAUACUGAACAAUAUACCAGAGUGCAUAGACCUCCUGCACCGUACGGGUCGGCAUAGCGAAGCUUGCAUAAUGGCACGUACGUACAAGCCGUCGGCAUUAAAGGCAUCCUAUGAAAAGUGGAACAAUGCAUACAACCCAAAUCUACCCGCCCUAGAAGAACCUACAGUAGAUCAAGAUGCCCUUGAAAUUGAAAAGUUGCUAUCAGAGAGACUGGCCACAGGCUUCCCGCAGGCCAAGGAAUACCCCAAACUGAAAGAAGCUGUGUAUGUCAAUUUGCUGCGCAGUGAAACGCCAAUAGAUAGGAGUGCCAUUGCGUCCGACUGGUCAGCGGGGAUAUAACUAUAUAGUGACUAUAUAAUUUAUACAAAGUGUAUCUAGGUGCCACGCA